AUGUCGCGCAAACGACCACGUGACAGUUUGAGUGAUAUGCCAGGCAGCGCCAACACCAGCACCGGUCGCUUGACAAUCGAUGAGACGGUUUCGAUCACGAUCGACCCAAACGGAGAGUUGGAAGAUCGAUUGGCCACGCAGGAGCAGCAACAGCAUUCGCCACAGGUACAGGUUGAUGCCACGGCCGUGUCAGCUGAUGGUACCGCUGAUAGUAUGAACGGGAGCAGCAAGCGCUUCAGCAGCAUCCGAAUCGUGGACGAAGGUAUCGAACCCGGCCAUGCCGAUAAUUUUUGGCCACCAAACAAUGACGGUGCGCUGAACGGACAUGUAAAUUUUGGCCAAACGGCAGCAGAACGUCCCCGUUCGUCCGAUCCGGCAUCGCCUCCAUCACUUUCGUCAAAUGGAUCAUCUUCUGUGGCCACAUCAUCCGGAUUCGCUAGCCAACAAGCAACGAGUGGCGUCGAACACAGCCCACCGGUGACCAUCUGCAAACAGGCACCAUACUCCACAGAAUUGGACGCUAUAAGGGAGCGCGAGCGAUGCGAUUAUUCACAGAAAAUAACCUACCAGAUGGCCCGUUCAGGAACUGCGCCACGUAUGAUUCGAGUGUACGCAGACGGUAUUUAUGACCUUUUCCACCAGGGACAUGCGAGACAGCUGAUGCAGGCCAAAAACGUCUUUCCCAACGUGUACCUGAUCGUUGGAGUUUGCAACGAUAAACUGACCCACAGCCGGAAGGGUCGAACGGUGAUGAACGAUGAGGAGCGUUACGAAGCGGUUCGACACUGUCGCUACGUUGAUGAGAUUGUACGAGAUGCUCCCUGGGAGUUGGACGAUGAGUUUAUAGAAACGAAUAAAAUUGAUUUUGUGGCUCACGAUGAAAUACCUUACAGCACGGACGAUUGCAAUGACGUGUAUGCAAAGAUCAAGGCCAAAGGCAUGUUUGUGGCCACCGAACGAACGGAAGGUGUGUCUACAUCGGACAUAGUGGCACGAAUCGUGAAGGAUUACGAUAUUUAUGUGCGUCGCAAUCUGGCCCGUGGAUACACAGCCAAGGAGCUAAACGUGUCGUUCCUGUCGGAGAAAAAGUUCCGCUUCCAAAACAAAAUGGUCGAAUUGAAGGAUAAGGUGCGAAAAGGCAAGGAUGAUUUCAUUACCAAAUGGGAAGAACGAUCGACCGAUCUGAUUAAAACGUUCCUGCUGAUGUUUGGCAAAGAGCGAAUCUCAAUGUUUUUGUCCGAUUCGAAGCAACGCAUCCGUUCGGCCCUCAGUCCUCCGGGCAGUCCGGGCAGUGGCAGCAAUCACAGCCUGAACGAUUGUGAAGAUGAUUUGGAAAGUCCCGAUUCCGUGCUCGAUUCGCCGCCGAGUAAGCGCUCAAACGUGAUCCGAAAUCGCCAUCAUCUGCUUUCCGAAGAGGAUGAUGAGGAGCACGCUUUGUAUGGAUCGCAUUCACCAGCACCGGUGCUUGAAGACGACGAAGACGACGAUGACGACGAUGAUGAAGCGUACCUGGACACACGCUCGAGGCCAUCAUCAAAUUACAACAUUUCUCUUAUGGCUGGCGGUGACGGGAAUGGUGCCGGCACCACGCUAAAUAGCAGUAGUAGCAGCGGAAGUCGAAGCUAUGGCAAUCGUAACUACUAA